AUGGCCACCCUCAAGCCACCCCCAGCGCAACAUCGCUCACAUACACCAACGGGUCCACCAAAAGCCCCCGUCAAAGCCGAUCCCACCUCCACAAUCGCCGACACAGCUGUUUUCCAAGGCAAAUACCCCGUAACCAUCGGCGCGAACACAGUCAUCCACCCGCGCGCGCGAUUCUACACCUACGAAGGCCCUAUCAUAAUCGGUGAUGGCUGCAUAAUCAGCGAAAAGGCCAUCAUUGGUGCGCCACCAAGUACAUCUUCACGAGGAUCGUCACGAUCACCUUCACCAUCCCCCUCACGACCAACCUCAACAGACCCAGAAUCACAAGCACAAGAACCACCGCAAAGCCCAAAACCUGAAAGAGACCUCACAACCCGCCUCUCAUAUUUUGUAACAAUAGGUCCUCAAUCAACAAUCCGGCCAGGCGCCCACAUCCACUCUUCCGCUUCCAUCGAAGCACUCGCCACAAUACACCGUUACGCGGACAUAGGUUCACACGUGAAGAUCUGUUCUGGGAUUGAAGUUCCAGAGAAUAACGUCGUGCCGGAUUGGACGGUUGUGUGGGGAUCUGGGCUUGGGCAGCGGAGGAGGCGAGCACGGGGAGCGAAAGAGCCUGGACCGGCUGUUGUUGUUGCGGCGCAGGUUACGCAGACUCCUGUUCCGGGACUGGCGCCUGAGGGGAAGGUUAUUGAGGAUGCUAGGUUGAUGGUGUUGCAGAAGGAGAGGGAGGUUUUGGCGAGGAUGAUUGUGCCUGCUGGAGCAGGAAAGAAGAGAUGA